CGCACAUCCUGGAAGAUGGCGGCGUCCACGAGCACGGGAGCGGCGGGCCGUGGCGGCCGCCGGGAGCGCGUGGCCCGCAGGAGGCACGGGGGCGGGCCGCGCCGCGGGCCGGGUGGCGGCGGGGAUGGGGCCCUGAAGCGGCUGAGGCUGGCGGUGGAGGAGUUCGUGCAGGCGACCUCUGAGGGCGGGCCCCCCGGCGACUGCGCGGCGCCCCGGGCGGAGGGGCGCGUGCGCCCGGGCGGGAGGAAGAGCCGCAAGGAGCUGAGGAGGGAGAAGCGGCAGCUGAGGAAGGCGCGCCGGCUGCAGAGGGCUGCGGGCCCCGCGCAGGGCCCGGGAGAAGGCCCAGCCGGGGGAGCGAGCGGCCCCCGGGCAGGCGAGGAGGAGGGCGAGGGCGGCCCUGCGCCCCCGCGGCGCACCCCACGGCCGCCCGCGCGGCAGCGCGCUCCCCGCGCCCCGGCCGAGGCCGCCCCAGCCCGCGCCCAGGCCAGGGGCCCGCCCGGGGGCACCGGGUCCGCCGCUGCCGCCGCCGCCCGGAAACGAGCACUUCUGGCGGCCAACGAGGAGGAGGACCGCGAGAUCCGGAAGCUGGAGCGCUGCCUCGGCCUGAACAAGCGCCGGAGGAAGGGCGACGGGAGCGCCGUGCCGCUGAGCUUCGCCCGCGAUGGGCUCGACUAUAUCCUGGGAGCCCUGGAGUCUGGGAACAGUGGGGGCUUGUAUGAAAGCAGUAGUGAGGAGGAGGAGGGUGCCGGGGAGACGCUGCCCGAAAGUGACGUAGAGAGCGACCCCGAGGACGAAAGGGAGGAGGACCGGGAGGAGGAGGAUGCGGAAGAGGAAAAGGAAGAGCAGGACGCAGAGGCGGGAGCACCGAGCGAGGAGAGCGAGGAGGAGGAGGAGGUAGAAGAGGAGAAGCGAAAAAAAGCCGAAGAAGCUGAAGGGAGAGCCAAGGAGAAAAGGGGUGAAAAGAGAGUCCGUUUUGCAGAAGAUGAAGAAAGGAGGGAAAAUUCCUCGGAGGAUGUUGACACAACAGAUCAGCAGAGUCUGUGUGAAAAUGGUGGAAAAUACAUCCCACCUCAUGUGCGGCGAGGUGAGGAGACAGCAGAUGCCCAGAAAAAGGAAGAACUGGAGAGGCUAAAGAAACACGUCAAAGGUCUCAUUAACAGGUUGAGUGAAGCGAACAUGGCCUCCAUAAGCGGACAGCUGGAGGAGCUGUACAUGGCCCACAGCAGGAAGGACAUGAGUGACACUCUGACAGCCGUCCUGGUGAGCGCCUGCGCCCCGGCUGCGACCAUGCCCAGCAGGCUGGUGAUGGAGCACGUCCUCCUGGUCAGCAUUCUCCACUGCACGGUCGGGAUCGAGGUCGGCGCUCACUUUCUGGAAGCUGUGGUGAGGAAGUUUGAUGACGUCUAUAAAAACAGGAGUGAAGGCAAAGAGUGUGACAACCUGUUUUCCAUCAUUGCCCAUUUAUAUAACUUCCAUGUGGUACAUUCUCUCCUCAUCUUUGACAUUUUGAAAAAGCUUAUUGGAACUUUCACAGGAAAAGAUAUUGAACUGAUUCUGUUAAUGCUGAAAAACGUCGGCUUUUCGUUGAGAAAAGAUGAUGCUUUGUCACUCAAGGAACUGAUUGCUGAGACACAGGCCAAGGCCAGUGGGGCGGGCAGCACGUUCCAGGACCAGACCAGGGUUCGGUUCAUGCUAGAGACAAUGCUGGCGCUGAAGAACAAUGACAUGCGUAAGAUUCCAGGCUACGACCCUGAGCCUGUGGAGAAGCUGAGGAAAUUACAGAGAGCUUUGGUUCGCAGUGCCGGCUCAGGCACGGAGACUCAGCUCCGCGUCUCCUGGGACAACGUCCUGAACGCCGACCAGACCGGGCGCUGGUGGAUUGUGGGGUCCGCGUGGAGCGGGGCCCCAAUGAUUGACAGCGGUCAGCAGAAGAUCCCGCAGAAGCAGCUUGCAGGGACGGUUAGCUCAAAGAUACUAGAACUCGCCCGAAAGCAGAGAAUGAACACCGACGUCAGGAGAAACAUAUUUUGUACGAUAAUGACGAGUGAAGAUUUUUUGGACGCAUUCGAAAAGCUUCUAAAGCUUGGCCUUAAGGAUCAGCAGGAGAGAGAAAUAGUUCAUGUUCUCAUGGAUUGCUGCCUUCAGGAGAAGACAUAUAAUCCUUUCUAUGCCUUCCUGGCCAGCAAGUUCUGUGAGCAUGAAAGGAGGUUUCAGAUGACUUUCCAAUUCAGCAUAUGGGACAAAUUUCGGGACCUGGAAAAUUUGCCAACCACUAAUUUUUCUAAUUUGGUUCAUCUGGUGGCCCACUUGUUGAAGACGAAAUCACUUCCACUUUCCAUUUUAAAGGUGGUUGAAUUCAGUGAAUUGGACAAACCCCGAGUCCACUUUUUACGGAAAGUGUUAUACAUACUGUUAAUGGAAACAGAGGUUGAAGACCUUGGUUUAAUUUUUGCAAGAGUAUCUGACAACCCAAAGCUCGGCAUGUUGCGAGAAGGCCUGAAGCUUUUCAUCAGCCACUUCUUGUUAAAGAGCACGCAGGCCCACAGCAGCGCGGAGGAGGCCAGCACGCUGAGAGAGAGAGCUGAUCUCGCGGCAAAGUCUCUGCAAGGAAAGGCUUCCUUGAGAAUGUAGUCCAGAGGAAUGGGAGCACGGGCGGGUCAUUUGUCUGUGAGAUUCCUUUUAAACCCAGGAGGCCUGUUGUUGUGCUGACUGUAAAAGCUUAGUGGAGCUGUAUCGGGGUCGUUGUAUUUGAAAUAUUUUGAGAAUUUUGGGAUCCAGGGUUAUAUUGUAUUUGUAUUUUAAACCAUUUUUAAAUAACUAUAUAUAUGAGGCAGGGUGGACGAGAAGGCAGGAGGGGCAGACAGGACAGUGAUCUCUGAGUAAUGAGACUGGUGUGUGGGGUGCAAGGGUGCGCACGUGCAUGUUUGUCUUAUAUUUUUAAUAGACAAAAUGGGCCACCAGAGGGUGCAGUUCUUAUAAAGAAACUGAUGUAUUUUUAUUUUUUAUAUAUUGGUUAAAAGUUCAAAAACCAUCAGUUAAAUGUGGUGCCUCAUAUUUAAUUGAUUAUUUAAAGUAUUUGGAGCACAAGUGUUUUGGAAAAGUCAACGGUCAACUUAAGCCUUGCAAAUAUCGGUGCAAGAUAGUAUGUAUGGGAGUUUUUCUUCAUUAUUUAUCCAAAAAUCAGACUUGGUGAAGCAUGUUCCCUCGUUUGUGUCCAUCGCCGUAGUCGUCAGUCCAGGCUGUGCUGCGCGCUCCUGGACCAGCCGAGACGGCGCUUCGGGGGCGCUGCCGGCCAAGCUGGGCUCUCGGAGGCGCGUGCGGAGGAAGCGGAGCUGCUCCUGCAGGGGCAGACGUCCAGUGAGACACACACCACGCCUCCUCCAAGUCCGGCAACCGAUUCUCCAGGAAGUGAAAUGCCCUGGCACACCUUCUGUCUGCUGCAGAUUCAGACGUCUGUGGUUUCUCCAGGCCUUAGAAUUUGCUCCUCUCUCUCAAAUGCUGCAGACUUGGCUUAAACGUCACCUUCGGGUGUUGAAAAAAGUCACCAAGACAUGAGUAUAGGAUAGUGUUCUACAUACCGUGUGCGCACACGUACCCGACAGCACGCUAUCCUUCGGAGUGGCCCCCUGGGAACGCUGCGUGAGCAGAGUGAGGUCGCUCCUGUCCAGACCCCCCAUUGGUCAUGCGCUUUCAGAUGGUGUCCAGUGUGACCCCACAACAGCUCGUGUUUGGAGAUCAUCGUGUGAAGCUGUGAAUGAACUAGUGGUUUAAGUGUCCAAUGUGCCAGGAACGUAAGAAGCUGUUCCUCCUCAGGUUAGCGUGAGUCUUCACCCUCCGUUCAGGAGGCACUGACGGCCGCGCUGUAGCCACAGCCCUGCGUCUGUCGGCCGCGUCCGACCCUAGAGGACAAAGGAGGCAGCUGCAGGCGCUGGGGGUGCGCGGCGUGAGCUCCCGCAGUUCAUUAAGGGGCUUUAUUAAAACUGUCUGCUGGGUGGUGCUGGGGUGCAGGAGGCCGGCUCUGCUCCCGGCGCCUGCCCACGAGGCCAAGGAGCCGAGCUGGAGUGUGACAGCACGCUGCUGCCGUCAUCCAGAGUCCUGCUCUGAAGAAGGAAGUGCCAGUUCAGUGACGCUGGCCUUACGUUCUGGUAAGCCCCUGUCUCCGAGCCUUCGCAGACUGGCGGCCGGUGCGUGGCCCACCCCUGAGUAGCGCUGAGGUAGCAGACUGAGUCAGAAUCAGUUAUGGGCAAAUGUCACUGCGCUGCUGCCAUCUAACUUCAUGCGUCUUGUGGUCACUAAACCUUGUUGAGGUGUAGCGGAGCUCGAGCUGACUCCUGUAGAAGAUAAACUUCUGUAAACUGAA